GACGGGUGAGGGAGACGCGACAGUCGAGCACCACACCUGAGACGGUACACAACUCCUCACCUGAGACGGUACACCAGUCUUGAGACGGUACACAGCUCCUUGCCGGUGCGUCUCCGUCAUCGUGCGUCAGUGGCAGUGUCGUGUGUGUGUGUGUGGGCCGCCAUGAGGCCGCAGUGAAGAGCCGAGUGUCAUUCAGAUGUUCUAAGUCAGGGGCGCCAGGGGAAGUGUCGAGGGCGCCGCCCGUGUGUAAGUGUUUGUGGGUUGUGGGCGUGGGCGUGGGCGGCCCCAUGCGGUGCGAGCCGCCCUGGUGGAGCUGCGGCGGCUACUGCCUCUCCCUCCACCACCAUCACGGAGACAGGCGCGGCCCUCCGGCCCCUCUGGAGUGACUCUCCCAGCAGCAGCAGUGGGCGUGGGCGUGGUGAGGGCGGGUGGUGUGCGUGGGCGUGCGGGCUGGGCGGGGCGGCCUCGCCCUCCAAGCUAUGCCCUGGCGGCGCCACGCCCUGCUUCAUGUUCAUGUUCCGCCCCAGGAAAGCCGCCCUGGUGAAGCGGGCGUGGAAGGCGCGCCGGGUGGGCCUGGCCCACGCCCCAACCCUCCUUCAGGAGCAGCAAGAAGCAGCCAAGGAGCUCAAGGGCGCCGCCCAGCAGCUCCUCCGCCGCCUGACGGAGGCGCAGCUGGAGUUACUUGUCUCAGCGCUGGAGUCUCAAGGCGGUGACCCCGGACAGUGCGUCUUGGUGCCCAGGAACUCGUCUGAGGAAGACGUGGGCGGCCGCUCCUUCCCUCCUCACCUCCUGAUGGUGUGGGCGUGGAGGUGGCCGGACCUGCACGCCCACGCCCUCAGCACGCCCCUCAAGCGCCUGCCCACGUGCGCCGCACGUAAUGACCCCGUGUACGUGUGCGCCAACCCGUACCACUGGGCCAGACUCCUUCAGACAGAAUCCCCACCUCCGCCUUAUUCUAGAUUCAGCGUCGAUCUCCUGAGGCCAGAAGAUGCGGCGCCGAGCGAAGAGGUGGACUGUUUGGUGGAAUCACAAGAGACGGGAGGCUCACAUCAGUACACCUACUCCACACAUGGGACUGGUUCAAUUCCUUGGUGCCAAGUAGCUUAUUGGGAAGGGCGAGAGCGUGUGGGUCGCCUGUAUCCAGUAUGCACUCCUUCUCUAAACAUCAUGGGUGAUACUCCUCAUGGGGAUGGCCUUUCUCUAGCAUCCCUUGCUGCCCAUUCCCACUCGUCUCCUUCUGAACAAGUCAAAAGAACCAGGGAAAAAAUUGGUCUUGGUUUGGUGCUGUAUGAGGAAGGGGAGAGAGUGUGGGUGUACAACAGGGCAGAUGUGCCACUCUUCAUCAACUCUCCAACUCUAGAUGGAGGAUUACAUACUCGAUCCCACUUCAUUGUCCACAAGCUUCCCCCUGGACACAUUCUCAACAUUUUUGAUUAUGACAAAGCCCGACUCUAUCAAAAACUUCCGGUUCACCCAGACUUAUUGCACGAGGGUCCCAUUGAUCAAAACUCCGUGCGAGUGUCCUUUGCAAAAGGCUGGGGGCCCAACUACCAUCGCCAAGUUAUCACCGAAUGCCCUUGCUGGCUAGAGAUCCUCCUUGUGCCUGCAAGAUGAUGGCAUCCCUGUUUGGUGCUUUCUCACUGCCCACCCAGUUUUGCCACCCCUGCAGUUAGCUACUGGCCGGUCCAGCAGUACUGACAGGGUGUAAGUGCAGCUCAUUCAUUAGGAGUAACAGAAGCAACCAUCACAUUGAAUAUGUGCAGUGGAUUUGCUAAACCAACAUGUUGAUGCAGCAGCAACACAAAAAAGGGCAGCUUAAGUCAUUGCGUUGACCCUGCCAAGGCUAGUGUAUAGCAUGUCUGAUGAAUGCUGUAAUAUGGUGCACUUGUGUCUUUUGAAAUACGCAUUGGUAAUGGGUCUUGUGCACUAGGAAACUAUGACAUUGUUACAGUGCAAGAUAUUCAGUAAUAUCAGGGGUUAGAGUUAUUUCAACUGUCAUUGUGCAGAACAAUAUACUGUAGGUGGAUGUGAAUAUUUGGCAAGAGAUUAUUUCAGAUUGCAAUUAACGGGUCACAGUUUUCUUGGACUUUUUCUGUGGUUAUCUUGCCAGUGAAUUAGGGCACCAUGUGUUAUAAAUUUCUUGUAAUGAAAUCUAGUCCGAGUUUUGUUAUUUUUGUUACAGUCUCCUAUCACUGUCUGUUUUAUAUUUACUAAUACAGUAUCCUCAAUAUCUUAAUAUACAAAUUUGUAAAACGAGGGUUGCCUUUGCAAAAGCUAGAACACUUACAACACAAAAUGGAACACCCUGUUUAAAUAUUCCAAUAUUAAUCUAAUGACAACUUGUGUUUAAACAAUGAGCAUUACCUCUCUACCUUUUGUGAAUGUAACCACAUUAGCUCUUGUCCACCUAACUACAGAACUCAGCAUCUUGCAGUGUUUAGGUGUACAGGCAAAUGCUGAAAUUAUUUUUAUAUGAACAAAGUUAGUGUGACAGUGAAACACAACACUUUCAUAAAGUGUCCGACGCUUAGCAUAUAUAAUCCUGCCUCUUCUAUGCAUAAAGUUCUUUGUAUGCAAUGUGUUCCAUAAGAUGUAUGUAACAAGAGGCAUUGCUUUUUAAAAAUUAAAAAAGAAAGGUCAAAUGAAAAAAAAAAAGCUUGCCCUUUGGAUAAAGUUCCAUUUGCAGCAAAGUAUGUAAUAUGCUACUAGUCUAUGCUGACUGCAUGUGGCAUAUUAGCCACACAUGGACUUGUGCACACUAGAGUCCAUGUCCUCAAGGUGCUACUUAGGAAAAAGGAUCUUUCACUUUAUUGAAGUACAAAUGGCUUCCUAGCAAACCCUGGUGCCCUCAUAUAGUGUUUUUUAUACCUUCCCCUAUUCUUCGGCUGUAUGCACACUUAAACAAAAAAUUUCAAGCAUGCAGAAUAUUUUGCUAGUUUUGCAAAAAUCAACACUUCUCUUUAUGUACAAUAUUUACCAUCAUGUGACUGAAGAAAGCAUGCAUGCAGUAAAUGAAACUACUCUAUGUGCCAUUUAGUUUAUAAUGGAUUAUAAUUCUCAUAUGUGGAAACAUCUUUGUCAACAGCAAGUCUUGUUUUAUUUAUUGAGAAGUGCCUAAUGCCAACAAAUCCCAAAUUUCUCCAGUUGUCAUAGUAAUAAUUGUGAAUGUGGUUCUGUUUUUACUCAAAUACUCAGACAUUUAAAAUGCUUUAAAGUAUUGGAAUCUAUUGUUUGUACAGAACAUAAAGUGUUGACAUUAUAAUAAUAUGAGGGUACCAUAGUUGGCCUAAUAUCAGUAAACUGUAUUUUGCCAGGAAGUGCCUAAGCGUUAUUACAGAUUUUUACGUAUGAUUUAUCGAAAGCCCUCCAUUAUCAUUUAUUUUAAUUUAAAUUAAUUUUUGGGUGGUUUAAUACAUUAGUUAUUGAUUUAUUCUGAAAUUAUUGUAUAAAAAUACUACACAUGACUCCUUUCAAAAGAUAACCAACCAGUUACAUGACAAUCAAAAGUCUUAGUUUAUUUUUUAAGUAAAUAGGGAAAUCUGGCAUUCAAAUAACAAUUGUUGCUAAAAUAGUAAUUUGAUACAGCUUUUCUUAUAAUUUAAUGAGUAUUGUUAUAUUACUAUAUAUUUGCACAUAAUUGUACUGUGCAACAAGGCUAUUUAUUAUUGUGAGGAAUGUUUUCAAAGCAUUGGCAAAAGUUCAGUAAUCCUAUAUAGCUGGUAAAAUAAGUCUUUCUUUGCUCCAAUGGGAGUGAUGGAAAAAGUCUGAAAUUUACUCGCAAGGUGGGGGGAAAAUGGCUGACCCAGGAUUGAGUUAUCACACCAUUUCUGUGAUUUUUGGCUUGAAUACUUGGUAUAAAAUUAUGAUAGUGAUUUUCCAAAGUUAUUUCAACACCUUUCAUUAUUUUUAUAUAUAUAUAUAUUUUAUUUUUAUUCUUAAUGUCAGAAGCGAGUACUGUAUAGGUUGCUUGAGAUUUUGGAGCCAGGUUACAGAAAAAUAUUGUGGGAAGGGAUGGGACCAAAAUGUGCAAAAGUGCCUCAUAAGGUGAUAAUACAGGGUCAUUUGAGGUAGGAUUUUGACCUGUAGCAUAUAAAGUUUAACUUUAAAUAUGAAUCUAAUGUGAUACUUCCAAUGGUUAUAGAGUUAAGCCAUGGAAAAGAAGAGGACUGUGUGAAAGCUGAUGGCAUGGUUGUUAGCAAUGUAGUAUGGAUAUCUAAUUAGUGUCAGGUUAGGAGGUUGGCAGUGACUUCAGUGACGGGACUAUAAGGUUAGUGUGACCUUGAAAUGUCACUGGUACAAUGAUAUGCUUUGUCAUCAGGAAUUAUGCCUUUUGUAACUGGUUAUGUAUGAUAUUCAAGUUUAACAUUACAAAUGUGAGCUAAGGAAGGUAGGGGUAUCAUCAUCACUUGGCUAAAAUGGGGAUAACAAGUAUGAACUGUAGAAUGAUUGUCAUUUUAAGUUAAUAGUAUACAUGUGUAAGCAUUGAGUGACUGUUAAUUGCAUUUUCUUUCCAAUAUACUCCAGAGACAGAAGCAAGCAUUGCUUAUAUUAUAUGCCGGGUGUUCUGGUUAUUUGUAAGAAUAUUGCAAUGAUGAGCUUUACCCCUGAACUUCAAUAUGGCUCCUUUUUUAAAUAUUGCGUGCAAGCUUGCGAAGUGAACCAUAUUGAAGUGUGCCAUUUGAGGCUAUAGAAAUGGCUAAUCACAUGUGUUGUUUCUGUCUUAUGUCAGGAUAUUGUGCAUUUACAAGUGAGCAUACCCUCUUGCCAUCACUGUAGGAUCCUGGAUUAAGCCCAACACAUCCUGGAUUGCUUGUGUAGGCGAGAGGUAGCACAUCAUUUAUUUACUGUGGCAACCUGACCACUUAACCCACCUGCGUGACUGGCUGUACAAUGUAUCCACACCUGUACAUAAUGUAUAUAAGAGGUUACUAAAUUUAUGUGGAGAAGCACAGGGCGGUUGCUAUUUUAGAGGAAACAUUUUUCCUUAUAUUUUUGUUAACCUGGCAAUGCUACCUACCACUGCUUCACCAUAGCAUACUAUGUAAUAAUUAAUAUGGGCUGACCAUGUUAAGAACAUGUACAUUUGAUUUUUAUUAAAAACUUUUAGAUUA